UAUUUUCAAAAUACAAAAUAAGUUACUAAAAGUAUCUUAAAUAAAGUAGGAUUAUCUGAGGCUCUAAAUUUAAUGCAGUAUGAACCCAAAAAUUGUCGAUGUUUCGAUCAUCAUAAACCUUAUCAUAAAACGUUUGAGUCGUGUGGUGAUUUUCUUUAAGAGGUUUAAUCAGCCAAGUCAGAGAUAGAAUUCUUUUCACAUCAGUGUAAGCCCUCACCUUUCGUUUACCUUCCUUAAACAUUAAGUUAAUUGUACAAGAACUCUGGAGUCGAUCAGAUUUAUGUGAAUUUAUCUAAAAAAGAGUAAAAAUUACAAUUAAUUUUUUUUCUUUCAGCUUUCUCCAAGAAUUAUACAAAGUCGUUGUAGGACAAUAUGAUAUGUGCCACCCAAAUAACGAAAUAACAACAUUUUCGAUUAAAAAAAUCAUCCGACAUGAACAUUUCGAUAUAAACACGUAUUAUGCAGAUAUUAUGCUGUUACAUUUAAGUAUGAAGAUAAGGUUUAAUUAUUCCGUACGCCCUAUUUGUCUGCCAAAUUUAGGAAUAUCAGGUGUUUCUGAAAUUUACUCAAACAGAAAAGGUGUGGUGGCUGGUUGGGGAUCAACAAACGCAUUUUCACUUCUAUAUUCUUGUAUACCCAACAAAUUGGCUUUACCAAUUUUCGCACAAAAAGAUUGCAACGCAACAGCUUCGACUCUUUUUUGUGCUGGAUUUGUAGGUGGGGGAAGAGAUACGUGUAAGGGCGAUUCAGGGAGUCCGUUUCAAAUUCGAAAUUUAUAUAAACGAUAUGAAUUAAUAGGAAUCGUUUCAAGUGGGAUUGGAUGCGCACUUCCAGGUAAUCCUGGUCAAUACACCGAUGUUAGUUUAUUUGUUCCUUGGAUAAUAAAACAUUUAUCUAAAUACUCAUAUUGUUGGUAAAAAGAAAUAAAUUUAUACUUUCUAUAAAUAAAAUUGAAGACAUCGUAGUUAUUAAAAUGACUGAGAAUGUGAAAUCGACGACGUCGUCUUUUUAAUGUUAAACGCUUCCAAUACGAAGACAUUUAUGGUAGGCUUGCAAAUCUUUCCUCUUAUAAUUUGAACUAGACACCAUUUCCCUUGGCACAGAGACGAGAAUCGUGUGUAGCUUGUACCGUUUCACUUACCUCGCUCGUUUUCUAAGUUCAUUGGCAACGAAAGUGCACAUUUUCUAGGUGCAGGUGUAGUAGGUCAGAUAAAAUUACCGGGUUUUGACCGAGAACUUGCAAGUUUCUCUACGAUAUUUUACUUAAAUAAAUUAAAACUAAAAAAAAAUAAUCAAAGUCUUAGUUUCACUCUCUAUGUAUCAAGUCUCGUUUAUAAUUAAAAAGAUUAAAC